AUGAUUUAAGUAAAGUUUUACAUUUUCUUUACACUAAAUUUUCACUUUAUUCUAUUGAACUCACAAGUAGAAUGGGAAAAGUAUUAUAAUGCCUUUAAUGAUAAUAAUAUGAGUGAAAUUGAAUGUAUUUUUUUUAUUUAAAUUAGUUUGGAGUUAAAACACAGGAAUCUAAAAUUUAAUCUAUAGUUGCGAAGAUAAGAAAAUGUUUGGAGGGUAUGGGAUAUUUGGAUCAAAAACAAUAGUCUCAAAACAAUUUAUUCUUCCCCCUCAUUUUAAAAUUAAAAUAAAGCUUGAUUUUUGGAAGUAUUCUUACAUUUUAUCUAAGAUUAGAUAGUUGGGAUGGAGAAUUCAUAUAAAUAAUUAGUGAUGAAAUUGUUUACUAAUAAAAAUAUAUUGGUGAAGGCUCUCAGAUCUGUGGAAACCAAUUUAACGAUUUCAUUGUUGAAUUUGAUUAUACCUUCUUACAUAAUUCAGAAAUCUUAAAUUUUGUUAUGCGUGAUACUCUAGAUGAAAAUGGUUAUAAUGUAAGUCUUAAGUAAGCUUUUAGGAAUCAUGGGGGAUAAGAAAUUUUUUAAUAUUUAUAUAAAAGUGCCCAAAUUCCUGUAUAAUUUGUCAUGAAGAUGCUAACGAAUGUUAUACUCAGGAUUAAGCUGACCAUUUUAAAAAUAAUAAGUGGUAAAAUCUUUAAUCGAUACCAAUUUCAUCAACUUAAUGCGUAUAAGGAAUAAAUAUAAUAGGAGGAUAUGAAAUCUUAGAUAAAUUUAGUGUUAUAAAUUCUAAAUUUAGUGUAUCGCCCCACUAUUAAAUUAGAAUUUAGAUUCAAUUUAUCCUCAUAGAUAUAGAAAGUCUUAAUAAUUCUUUUGAUUUUGAUUUCGAUGGAGAGAUUGUAAAUUUUUAAUUAAGUACGAAAUCUCAAUUUUCUAUAUGUUCCAAAAAUCCUCAAGAAAGCUUCAACAAUUUAGAAUAUGCAAUGAACCAUGCCAAAGAAGAAAUGAGUAUAACCAUCAAACCUAAGAGUUUGGAAGGAGCAAGACCAUUUUGGGGGAUUCUCUCAUUCAAUUUAUUAAUCUUUAAAUGUCCUAAAAAUUGUUAAAAAUGUGUUAAUCAAGAUAUUUGUUUACUUUGCAUAGAUGAAUGGGUUGUUGAAAAUAAUUAUUGCAAUAGAUGUAAGAAUAAUAUAUAUUUUAGUAUAAAAUCCUUUCAAAGUUAUAUAUUUUUCAAUACAGCAAGUAUUUUAUCCUGUAAACUUUUAACCAUAGGUGUUUAAUUAAUCUAUUAUUUUAAAGAAAAUUGAAACUUUUUUAAAUCUAAAUAUAUCUAUAUCGUGCAAUCAAAAUUAUUUAAUUCAAAUCAGAUAUGUCUUGUGCCAUUCUUGCAAGAAUAAAAUUACCAUAAAUUCAAAAUACGUAUGUGAACGAAACAAAAUAUAAGGAAUAGUCCUAAAUAUAAAAUUAAAAAAAUUAAUGAUUACCUCUGAAGAAGUUUUAAUUAAAAGAAAUAAUACAAAUUAUGAAUUAAUAUAAAUAUUUUAUAACAAUGAAAUGAAAUAGGAAAAGAUCAUAGAGAUAAUUUAAAAAGUUAUUUGA